AUGAAAACUAAGGAUUUUCCCCAUAAUAAUUUCAAUACUAUUGAAGACAUACUCUUGUCAAGCAUCUCUAUAAUUCAAAAAAGUGUUAAAGAUAUCAUUGAACGAGAUAACAAACUAUCCACUUAUGAAAAAAAUGGAAACAACAUCAAUCUCAGAUUAUAUUACCCAAACCACCAAAUAUCCGAUGAACAUAUAAUUCAUUUCAGCAAAUACACAGAUAUAGAAAAGAUCUCAUUCGACAAAAAGAAAAAGAAAACUAUCUUUAUCUCUCUCUCAAAAGAAAACCUACAUAAUCUCCUUAAUGAAAGAGAUACCACCAACAAGAUGAACAAGUUCAUCACGCACUGUGACGAUUACCAUAUGGUAAUUGGAAACAUCAACUCAUCCAAUCAAGACAUUGAAAAAGUGUUAAAAGAACAACUUAACCUAAAAAUUGACUUCUUCUUUUCUCACAUCAAAGUCAACAAAAACAAUACCUCCUUUUUCCACCUCAUCGAAAGAAAAAACAACUCAAUCAAAUCAAAGCUACUCCAAUCACCAUACUAUCGUAUUAAGAUUAAGUCUGCAACAAAAUCAAAAAAUCAUCCUAACAACAAAAUCAAUCAACUAAUCAAUGAAGAUAUACUAGGGGUCUCCACUGAUAAAGAAAUUGAUAACAACAUUACCAUAAUCAAUCAAUUAAUCAAAAAAGAUAGGGUCGACUUUAAUGAUCAAGAUGAUGAUUACAAAGAAACUAUUUCUGACAACGAAUCUAACAAUUCAACUAACACACUAGAUAACGAGGAAAUAUCUAAUGACGAAACAAACAAACAAACAAAAAACCAAUCACCACAAGAUGACAAUAAAUCAUCAACCAGCAAACCCUCAAGAACAUCCAGGGUUAACGCACUAAACAACAUCUUUACAAGAUUAGCUUCACCAACUUCCAAAAAUAAAACCGCCAUAACAAAUAUGAAUACCACCGCAAAAAGUAACCGUACUCGAAAUGUUAGCCAAAUAUCCACACCAAUCAAAAACACUCCAUACCAAUCAGGCAGUCCGAAAUCACCUGCUAUUGAACAAAAAUCUAAGAAAAAAAAAACUUCUUAA